GAUUGGCAUACGUUGUUCUGGAAAGUUGACGCUCAUUGCAUGACUGAGCCUUUUUCUCACCAACAUAAGUGAGUUUCACUCGAACUUCCCCAAUCCAUAACACGUUCCCUCUAGGUAUCAGUUUGUUCUGUUAAGAAGUCACUUCAGAAACAUAGAACUGUGUGGCAUAUAAGAUGGAAGAUUCUGAGGGAAGUAACCCAUAUAUGAGUACACUGGAGAGAUUGGCCAGCAAUGAUUAUAUCUCCAACUUCAAAAGUUACGGGCCGUCUGGGGUCGCUGGUGCAGUUAUUAUUGCCAUUAUUAUACCAAUAUUACUGUCCAUGGUACUAAUGGGGAAGAAAAAGGGGAAACAGAGAGGAGUUCCGGUUCAAGUUGGUGGUGAGGCAGGUCUUGCAAUGCGCAAUGCUAAGUCAGCCGGAUUAGUUGAAGUUCCUUGGGAAGGGGCUACAACUGUGGCAGCUCUAUUUGAGCAGUCUUGUAAAAAAUAUUCUAGUGAACGCUGUCUUGGAACUAGAAAACUAGUUAGCAGGGACUUUGUAUCUGCAAGUGAUGGAAGGAAGUUUGAGAAACUUCACUUGGGGGAGUAUCAGUGGGAGAGUUAUGGACAAGUAUUUGAUCGUGCUUGCAACUUUGCCUCUGGUCUUGUUAAGUUGGGUCAUGAUGUGGAGACUCGUGCUGCUAUCUUUGCAGAAAGUCGUGCGGAGUGGCUCAUUGCCUUUCAGGGAUGCUUCCGGCAGAACAUUACUGUUGUUACCAUUUAUGCUUCUUUGGGCGAUGAUGCACUUAUAUAUUCACUCAAUGAGACUCAAGCAUCUACGUUGAUAUGUGAUGCCAAGCAACUGAAAAAGUUGGCUGCUGUUAGUUCUAGCCUGGAAACCAUCAAGAAUGUCAUCUAUUUUGAGGACGAGACAGUGACAGAUUCCACAAAUAUUGGCAGCUGGAGGGUGUCAUCUUUCUCAGAAAUUGAAAAUCUGGGUAAAAAUGGUUCUAUUCAGCCAAGACUGCCUGUCAAGAAAGAUACUGCUGUGAUCAUGUAUACCAGUGGCAGUACAGGCUUACCUAAGGGUGUUAUGAUAACUCAUGGCAACAUUGUAGCCACUGCAGCUGGUGUUAUGAGUGUGAUUCCAAAAAUUGGAAGCAGUGAUGUCUAUUUGGCUUACCUCCCUUUAGCUCACGUCUUUGAGUUGGCUGCUGAGACUGUAAUGCUGACUGCAGGUGCUUCUAUUGGUUAUGGCUCAGCUCUCACAUUGACAGAUACUUCUAACAAAAUCAAGAAGGGGACCCAGGGAGAUGCUACAGCUUUAAAGCCUACUUUAAUGGCAGCAGUUCCAGCCAUUCUGGAUCGUGUUAGGGAUGGUGUUAUGAAGAAGGUUGAGGAGAAGGGAGGUUCUGCUAAGAAACUUUUCAACAUUGCCUUUAACCGUCGAUUGGCUGCUAUCGAAGGUAGCUGGUUUGGAGCUUGGGGUCUAGAGAAACAAAUAUGGGAUAUAGUUAUAUUUAAAAAGGUAAGGGCAGUGCUUGGAGGAGAUAUUCGUUUCAUGCUUUGCGGUGGUGCUCCUCUGUCAGGAGAUACUCAAAGAUUUAUCAACAUCUGUAUGGGAGCUCCUAUUGGUCAAGGGUAUGGACUGACGGAGACAUUUGCUGGAGCUGCUUUCUCUGAGUGGGAUGAUCCUUCUGUUGGGCGUGUUGGUCCACCUCUUCCUUGUAGCUACAUAAAGCUUGUUACUUGGGAAGAAGGAGGUUACACAAUAGCUGACAAGCCUAUGCCUCGGGGAGAAGUAGUUGUUGGUGGGUGCAGCAUUACUGCUGGUUACUUCAACAAUGAGGCCAAAACCAAUGAGGUUUAUAAGGUCGAUGAGAGAGGCAUGCGCUGGUUCUACACUGGUGACAUUGGAAGGUUUCAUCCUGAUGGAUGCCUUGAAAUUAUUGAUAGAAAGAAAGAUAUUGUUAAGCUUCAGCACGGGGAGUAUAUCUCACUUGGAAAGGUUGAGGCAGCACUUCUAUCAAGCAAUUAUGUGGAGAGCAUAAUGGUUUAUGCGGACCCCUUCCACAAUUAUUGUGUAGCUUUAGUUGUCCCUUCACGCCAGGUGCUUGAGAAAUGGGCCCAGGAAAAUGGCAUCCAGCACAAAGAUUUUUCCGAACUGUGCGACAAAGGAGAAGCAGUCAACGAGAUCAAGCAAUCGCUUUCAAAGGUAGCAAAAGCUGCAAAAUUGGACAAGUUUGAGCUUCCUGCAAAGAUCAAGUUAAUACCAGAGUCUUGGACUCCCGAGUCUGGAUUGGUUACUGCAGCUCUGAAAUUGAAGCGAGAACCCCUGAAGGCUCGAUAUAAGAAUGAGCUAGAAAAGAUGUAUCAGUGAAUGAUUUUUAAUUCCCUGCCAAGUGAUGCUCCAUUUUGCAGAUUUAUAUAUCUGUUGGCAGUUAAACAAUGGUCCUUUCCAAGAUAAGCACAAGUUUUCCUGUUGAAGCGCAAUUACUCGUCUCAUUUUGCUGUUGUAUUAAUGUCAAAGCUACUUAUGCAUCUUGUCCAUAUGCUUGUUCCUUUAAGGAAUGAGGUAUACUGGAUUUUGUACUAAGCGUAAAAAGGCAAAACUCACCAGAUUCAAUUUUGCGGCAGGAAAGCUUGAUAAAGUUAUUUGUUGUAUUGAGCUUCAGGUAAAUGAAAAUCUGUUCCCUCUAUCAGUUAGAGGUAUACACUAGACUCUUUGAUUGUUAAUCAUAUCUCAAAUAGAAGCAAAUUUAGUUA